GGUGCCGGUGUCGGCGGUGCCGGUGUCCGCGGUGCCGGUGUCCGCGGUGCCGCUCGCUCCCGGGAUGGAGCCCCCGACCGACGCCGAGAGCGCCCGCCUGGUCAGCCCGCGGGGCGGCCGCGCCGACGGCAGCCUGCGCCUCAAGAGUCUCUUCACAGGCUCUCGAGACCCCUCAGCACUGGCGGCUCCCCAGGCUCCAGAUCCCCAUUGCCGCUGCAGCCCCCCGACCCCCAGCCCCGGGCAGGGCAGGCUCCAGGCCCGCCGGCAGCUGAGCGUCGCCUGUGCUGUCUGCUGUCUCUUCAUGGUCGGGGAGGUGAUAGGUGGGUACCUGGCACACAGCCUGGCCAUCAUGACGGAUGCAGCCCACCUGCUGACAGAUGUGGGCAGCAUGUCCGUCAGCCUCUUCUCCCUCUGGGUCUCCAACCGCCCACCCACCAAGACCAUGACCUUUGGCUGGCACCGCUCAGAGACACUGGGUGCGCUGGCCUCUGUCCUCUCUAUCUGGGUUGUGACCGCAGCCCUGGUCUAUCUGGCAGCCGCCCGCAUCAUCAGCAAUGACUACGAGAUCGAGGCACAGGCCAUGCUGGCCACAUCUGCCUGUGCCGUUGGCGUCAAUCUGGUCAUGGCCUACAUCCUGCACCAGUCCCCUGCUGGCCAUGGCCAUGGCCCAGGGGCCUAUGAGCAGCUGGAGAGCUCUGUGGCCUGCCAGCCCAGCCAUAGCCCCCUGCCUGGCAGCACCAGCGUGCGGGCAGCCUUUGUCCACGUGGUGGGUGACCUGCUGCAGAGCAUCAGCGUCCUCGUGGCUGCCACCAUCAUCUAUUUCAAGCCUCAGUGCAAGAUUGCAGACCCCAUCAGCACCCUCUUCUUCUCAGUCUUCGUCCUUGGCUCCACCAUCACGAUCCUCAGAGACGUCUUCAGGGUCCUCAUGGAAGGGACACCGCGGGGCCUGGAGUUCGAUGCGGUGAAGGAGGUGCUGCUGGGGGCCAGCGGGGUGCGGGGCGUCCAUGACCUGCAUCUCUGGGCGCUGACGCUGAGCCACCCCGCCGUGUCAGUGCACGUGGCCGUGGAUGCUGGCACUGACGCCGAGACGGUGCUGCAGGAGGUCACUGCCCUGCUCCAGAGCAGGUUUGGCUUUGCCCUGUGCACAGUACAGGUGGAGCAGCACCAGGAGGAGUCAGCAGGCUGUCCCCACUGCCAGGACCCCCGAACCUGAGACCCCCACCCGCUCUACGUUGGGCCAGAUGCAGCCCUGGCCCCAGCUCCUUGUGCUAGAGCAGGGCAGUGCUUGAGAUCCCAUCUCCCCCUCUCCCCACCCCACCGCUGCGGAGCCCUGGAGUGGGACAGUGACUACAGUGUGGUGUCCUGGAGGAAUGGACACAUGGCCUGGCCUGGCACAGGGGCCCCCUGGAAUCUUCCACUCCCUGCUGUGCCACAGCUCCUGAGGAAGUGGAAUCCUGCCCAACCACCCGGUCCCCAGGAGCCCGUCUGUCCUGGCAGGAAGGGACAUCCCCCAUGGGGGACCUCAGACCUGGCCUUGGCCUCAGCCCCCUGUGCUGCUGCCUGGGCUCUGUCUGAAUCCUGCUGUGCCUGGCCCCAAUCCAUUCCCUCUGCUGAGUCGUGCCUGUGCCCCUGGUGUCCAUCCGUCCAUCUGUGCCAGCAGCGGUGCCAGCGCUGCCAAUAAAUGUGUUGGAGCAGCA